UUUUUCAAGGUCUAUAUCAGGUUUGAAUAAUUUUAACAUUGAUGGGGAGAAACAGAUGGUUUACUACCAUCGAUGGAUGUUUCAAGGCUAGUGAAUUAUUUGGCAUCUAAGUAUCAGUGCAUGGCUCCAGAUAAAUUGAAAACAUAAUUCUUAAUUAAUAAAUGAUUAAUAGAAAAAAAUUAUAGAACAUAUAUAUAGAAUUAUUUAGUAAAUCUUUGUCUUUAUUUAGAUUGUCUUAGUUUUAAAAAAUGGCAGAGGGUGGUAGCAGAAAACGAACCUCACUUACUCAAGAUGAAGCUGAAACAUCUCACAGUCAGAAGAGUCACAGUGAUGCUUCUCAUGAUGAAUAUGAAUCUCCUGAUGAAGGAAGCAUCCACAGGGCCCCAAAGUUCACAGAUGAUGAAACAGACACCCUCAUUGACCAAGUUAUUCAUCAUACAUGUCAGCUAUUUGGUCCCGAAGCUUUUAAUGUACACCAGAAAUUUAAAAAUAAUACUUGGGAAGAAAUAGCAAAAUCUGUGUCUACAGCUCGAGAUAUACAUCGAACUCCUGAAAGCUGCAAAAAGAGACUACGUGACUGUAAGAGGAAGACAAAUCAUAAAAUAAAGUGUAGAAGAAAACUCCAAAAGGUUUGGGAGAAAAAACUAGAAGAGCACUUUAGAAUGGUACAAGAUGACGAGAGGCCACCCACUGGUUCCCAGGAACUUAAGGUUGCUCAAGAAAAAAAUCAAAAGAAAACACAUAAGAAAAAGCAGAAGAAUUUGGAAGAGCAACAGUCUGGUUCCUUUACAACAAUUUCAAGGAAAGUUUCUUUUUCUGAAACAAAAACAGUUAUGACAGACAAUUUUCCUCCAACUGCGGAUGAACCAUCAGUGAUGCCACAUAUUUUAACAUUGGACAAUCCUUCCAUGGUGGACGAACCAUCAAUGCUGCAUCAUGAUGCAACAGCGGACCAUGCUACCAUGUUGGACCAACCAUCAAUGCUGCAACAUACUUCGACAGUGGAUGAUACUUCCUUUGUGGCCGAACCAUCAAUGCUGAAACAUUCGGCAAGAGUGGAUGAUCAUUCCACGGCGGACCAAACAUCAAUGAUGCAAGAAUAUUCUUCUGUGGUUCAAAGUUCCACUACGGUAGAGACUUCCACGGUAAAUGAAACAUCCAUGAGGCAAGAACAAUCAACAAUGGAUGAUCCUUUCAUGGAGGAAGAAAAUUCAACCAUGCUAAACCCUUUAAUGUUAGAUAAAGCCAUAGAAAGCAACAUGGUGACUGCCACACAGACACAGGAUAACAUUAAUGAGGAGCCUGUAUUGCACAGCCAGAAAAGUAAUAUUGAUACAGAAGAUACCAACCAGGUGGAAUUGAAUGCAGAGACUGCACAUUCUAGUGUAAUUGACCAUGGUCUUCAAGACCAAUUCCUGGACUCUACAAAUCAAGAACUUUUUAUACACACAGAAUGUGACGUUAGCAGAUCACAAACCAUUAGCCAACAGGAUUCUUUAAAGGAAACCAUGCAGCUAAUUGAGAGGAAUAGAAAUGAAGAAAUGAAAAAAAUUGAACAUCAAAUAAAUCAGCUGAAUAAUAAUAUACAGAUUCUCAACACAACACAAAGACAACAGAAUCAAGCACUUGUCACUCUUGCAAAUUUUUACGAUCAUCUUGUUUCAUCACAGAAUGUGGCAGCAAUCAACUACCAACAGAUGCAGCACAGUAUAAAUCAAAUGCUAGCAUGGCAGUAUGAGACUAUUACCAUCACACGCAUGAUUUCCACUUUCAUGCAACUGUUGACAGAAGAAAGACAAAGAAUGUCCAGAUCAGAUAAUCCUUCUUGUAUAUCCAAUGCUACAGCAGGAACCUUUGUAUCCAGCUGUACACGUGGAGACUAUGUAACAAGCUCUACACACAGAGAGUAUGCAACGAGCGCUGCACCUGGAACCUAUCUAUACACCACUUUACCAGGAGAAUCUGUAUCCACCCCUGCAGCAGGAACAGAUGUAUCCACCACUUUACCAGGACCCUAUGUAUCCACCACUGCAACAGUAACCUAUGUAUCCACCACUUUACCAGUAUACUCUGUAUCCACUGCUGCAGCAAGUACCAAUGUUUCCACCACUUUAACAGGACCAUAUGCAUCCUACACUUUACCAGGACCCUAUGUAUCCACCACUGCAGCAGGACCCUAUCUAUCCACUACUUUAACAGGACCCUAUGUAUCCUCGACAUUAUCAGAACCCUAUGUAUCCAUCCCUGCACCAAGACCCUAUGUAUCCACUACUUUAACAGGACCCUAUGUAUCCUCGACAUUAUCAGGACCCUAUGUAUCCAUACGUGAAACAGGACCCUGUGUAUCCUCCACUUUUGCAGGACCCUAUGCAUCCAUCCCUGCACCAAGACCCUAUGUAUCCACCACUGCAACAGAACCCUAUGUAUGCACGACUGUAACAGGACACUAUGUAUCCUCAACUUUAGCAGAACCCUAUGUAUCCAUCCCUGCAUCAAGACCCUAUGUAUCCACUACUUUUACAGGACCCUAUGUAUCCUCCACUUCAGCAGGACCCUAUGUAUCCACCACUGCAACAGAACCCUCUGUAUCCACGACUAUAACAGGACACUAUGUAUCCUCAAUUUUAGCAGAACCCUAUGUAUCCAUCCCUGCAUCAAGACCCUAUGUAUCCACUACUUUUACAGGACCCUAUGUAUCCUCCACUUCAGCAGGACCCUAUGUAUCCACCACUGCAACAGAACCCUCUGUAUCCACGACUGUAACAGGACACUAUGUAUCCUCAAUUUUAGCAGAACCCUAUGUAUCCAUCCCUGCAUCAAGACCCUAUGUAUCCACUACUUUUACAGGACCCUAUGUAUCCUCCACUUUAUCAGGACCCUAUGUAUACAACAACUUACAUGGAGACUAUGUAUCCACUGCUUAUAGAGGCCUCAAUGUAUCCACCACUGCACCAGGGCCCUAUUUAUUGAAGCCAAAACCAGGACACUCAGAAUCCACUACUGGACAAAUUGCCUCAGAAUCCACCGCUGACUCAGGACCCUCAGAAUCCACCGCUGCAACAGGAAAGUAUAAAUCCACCGCUGCACCUGUACCCUCUGAAUACAGCCCUGAAAACACAAAUUUGAGAAGCAUAGCUGUAGCAUCAGAAGUGCAUUCAAGAUUGCAAUUGGCUUAUCGACCUAGCUCAAGCUAUGAUGAGAAUAUGGAUCUUCGAGUCAGAUUAGAGCGUGCAAAUAUUCAAAUUCAACAUUGGAAGAGACAGGAAGCUAACGAUGAGGAUGAAGCUUAAAUA